GUGUCACACGGUAGCUCUCGAUCAGAUCGAGUGAGCCAUCAGCAGGGAGCACAGUUUGUGUGUCCAGCCGCCAUGGCUGCCCAUGUGGACCCGCUGGUGGUGGGGAGGGUGAUCGGCGAUGUGGUGGACCUGUUCGUGCCGACGGUGGCCAUGUCGGUGCGCUUCGGCACCAAGGACGUAACCAACGGCUGCGAGAUCAAGCCAUCCCUCACCGCCGCUGCUCCGGUCGUCCAGAUUGCCGGCAGGGCCAACGACCUCUUCACCCUGGUUAUGACUGACCCAGAUGCUCCGAGCCCCAGCGAGCCAACGAUGAGGGAGUUGAUCCACUGGCUGGUGGUUAACAUACCAGGUGGAGCCGAUCCUUCUCAAGGUGAGACGGUGAUGCCGUACCUGGGCCCGUGCCCGCCGGUGGGCAUCCACCGCUACGUUCUGGUGGUGUACCAGCAGAAGGCCCGCUUCAGGGCUCCGCCGGUGCUAGCACCGGGGGCGGAGGUGGAGGCGUCGCGCGCACGGUUCAGGAACCGCGCCUUUGCCGACCGCCAUGACCUAGGCCUCCCAGUCGCCGCCAUGUACUUCAACGCGCAGAAGGAGCCAGCCAACCGCCACCGUCACUACUGAGCCUGAGGCCACUCCGCUGGCUGAUCCAACAAGCUUUAGCAACCAAGCUUUAGCUAGCCGCUGCCGUCAGCGUCCGAUCAGAAAGAAGACAAGUUUUCUUGUCGUUGUUGUCACCUAGUAGUAGUACCUUUAAUUAAGCCGGCGUGUUUGUGUGAUUGAGACUUGUCUCUCUUUAUUAUUGAAAAUACAUUCUCUCAACUUGUGGUGUCUCA